AUAUACCAAAACACCAUUACCCCACUCCAAUACCAGAGAAAUGACCUCCAGACGAGAUAUUCUAUAUUGUUAUUUUCGUUAGAAUGGUAAUGGUUUAUUUUUGUUAUAUACCUAUAUAGACAGUCAGUGUUGUAGACACAAGCGUCAAGCACAACAGUGAACACUGAACACACAAGACUAUAUAGUAUAGUGGAACUAUAAUCAUUACACAGUACACAGUCGUGUCGUGCACGCCUGCUUGACGAGCUCUUGCGGAAUUUCGUUUGAUAAAUUAUUCACACUAUCUUGGUAAAACGUUACUAUUUUUUCAAAAAUGUCGUACAAAGUCACGUACUUCAACAUCACUGCUCUGGCCGAACCCAUCAGAUUUCUUCUGUCCUACUUGAACAUCGAUUUCGAAGACUUUCGUUUUGAACGUGAACAAUGGCCUGCACUCAAGCCUACCAUGCCAUUUGGCAAAGUACCGGUUUUGGAAAUUGACGGCAAAGUAUUGAAUCAAUCAACAGCUAUAACUCGUUAUUUAUCCAAAAAAGCUGGAUUAGCUGGUAGUGAUGAUUGGGAGUCUAUGUUAAUCGAUAUUGCUGUUGAUAACAUUCAUGAUUUACGACAAGCUAUAGCAUUAUAUGCAUAUGAUCCAAAUGAGGCAACUAAAGAAGCAAGAUAUGCACCUUUGAUCAAUGAAACAAUUCCAUUCUAUAUGGAUAAAUUUGAAAAAAUUGUUGAAGAAAAUAAUGGAUACUUUGUAAAUGGAAAGUUGUCUUGGGCUGAUUUAUUUUUUGUAGCUAUUUUAGACUACUUGAAUUUUAUGGCAAAAAUUGAUUUAUUAGAAGGUCGUCCAAAAUUAAAAGCACUUAAAGAAAAAGUAUUGGAAGUACCUCAAAUUAAGGCAUGGGUUGCUAAACGACCAACAGAUAAUCCUUAAAUAUCAAACAGUAUUAAACAGCACAUAUUAAUAAUAAUAAUAAGGUUAUAUUUAUUUUUAAUUUAAUAGUACCUCAUUCAGAUGAAUUUUAUUUUUACACAUUUUAUAAUAAUACAAUUAAAAUAAUGUAUUCAAUUUUUUUUAUAUGAAAGUAAAGCACUUGAAAAGUUGUAUGAAAGUUAAUAAAGUAUACAUUAUACAAG